AGGAGAAAAAGUCGCAGGCUUCGCUCUCCACGAGAAUCCAUUCUUCGCAGCCCAUCUACGCACCGUUGCGGCUGCAGGCUCGCAGUUUACCGGAGAUAUCGAAGUACUUACGAGUACAAUACCCAGAUCUCGAGGACAAUCUGGAAGCGGUUUCGCGCCUAGAGGUCCCCGCAUGGAUCGAACACCCUAUUUUCUGGUGGGACACGGCAGGGCGAGGUGGAAGUUGCAAGCCUAUAGCUGUUAUGGCUUACACUGCGAGUUGAUUGCGGUUUCGAGUUGAAUUGCGAACACUAAAUCAUAUCUGUUCUUGUUCAUAGAGAGAUGAGGUAAAGAAGUAAAAAAGUUGGUUUGUAUUUGUUGAUGUUUUCUGCUGCUGACGAGGAGUUGAGAUCAUGGGAUGCAAGAUACUGUAACUAAUACAUCGCACCAUGCGACGUUCUAAUGUGCGGCAAUGGGUAGGCAGCGAGAGCGAGUACAACCACAGCUUCGAAAAUCUGC